AUGGUACUUGCCACGAUUUACAGUUUCCUAAGCCUCGGAAAUAUUCUCCUUUUGUUGCUUCUGCUGUUCAUUUUACAUUACCUGAUGAUCCUCUACGAGUUCAGAAACAUGCCUCCGGGUCCUCGCUUUACAACUCUUCCCAUAUUAGGAAACUUUCUCUCCCUCGACCUCAAGGCGAAGAAACUUAACGAUGCUUUCCAAAGGUCAGUAAAAAUGUGUAAUGCCCGUUUGACCCAUCAGGGUUAAUACAGCAAACGUUUCGUCGAUGAUUCAGAGUAUCAGAGCAACUUGCUUGAAGAGUACCUGAAUUUGCAAGCCGUUAGUAGGAUUAAAAUAAUUCGCUUUCAUUUAAUACCUCCAAGUUUGGGCGGCGUGCAUGUUAACAUGAUUCUCCGACGGUUUACGCUUUACAAGAGCCAACCUUUGGCCAUCGGAGAAUCGGGCUACGUACAAGUACGUGCUCAAUGUAGCGUUUUUAGCCUAUAUAUCUCUUUCAGAAAUAAAAACUCCACGAACGUGGCAAUGUUUUUUCUUUCACAGUCCCAAUAUUCUCUUAGUUUCGGUUGACUGACCCGGUCUCUAACAAUAACAUGUAAAAACAAUAGUGAAUAUCGUAAGUUAACAAAUAGAACCUCAUGAUCAUGUUUAUAGUAAAUAGAAGGCUUGAGAAACAUUCCGUUUUGAAAUUCAUUUGUUUUAAACUGCUUGGGUACUGUAACAUAUUCACUUUCCACCUUAGUUUUUUUAAUAUUUCAUGACUUUCUCAGUAUGUUGGUUACUUGAUAGAUCAUUUUUGCAUUCUUUAGCAUUUGGUUUUUGGCAUCUGCUUUUUGGCAUACAGUGUCGGUUUUAAAAAGCAUUUCGUAUUUCGUCAGCAUUUCUUCGGUAACUUUUUAGCAUCUCUAUAGCACUCACGCUUUUAAGGGAGCUAGAUCCCUGCCCGAAGCUGUACGUGUUCUGACCUUAGGAAUUCAAACCCGACACAGUCGAAGUAUCCGAUUGCAUGUGCACCUGAAUAUUCUAGAAACUUGUUAUCAGCGCAGCAUUUUUAUUUAACGCUUUUUACUUGUGAAAUAAUUUGCUUGCUCAUGUGAAUGUCAACGUCAUUUACAAUUCGAGGAUCUUUUCUUUGUAGCUAAGGCUCUUUGGCUUAUUCGCUUUUCGCUGAACGAAAUCCCAUCGUCAGGCUUCGAUAGCUCUUUCACACUCCUGUCCAUGGCAUCUUCUCCAUAUCAAGUAAUAUCGGCAACAAAUGUGCACAAUUCGUCCAAAUAUAAAACAAUGAUCUGCGCUCAAUUAUGUCAAUGUCCUUUUAACAAUUCCAAGUCCGUUCCUUGGAGAUGAUAUUGUCAGUGUUCUUUAGAAUAUUUCCAUUUAUACAAAACCCAUCUUCAGCUGGCCACUCUUUUGCGUCGGGAAAAAAUCUACGCCUUACUAGUACCCUCUAGAAUAUGCCAAACAUAUGCGUAAAAGGCACUUGGAGCAAAAGCAAUACUAAGUAAGGGAGGUAAGAGUAGUGUUUAAUUUGACUUUAAUGAAUAAAUCAAUAAGAAUUGAGUGAGUGAGUGAGUGAGUGAUCGAGUGCCGUUCGCUACGUUCGAGUGCCUCCGAAAGCCCAUGGCAUGACUAUGUCAUCCAUGAGCUAAAAACUAAUGGGCCAGGAUCAAAUGUCGAACUCUUCAUGUACCGAACCUAUUCCCUUCAAUUAACAUGAAGGGAUCGACGUUUCAAUCAAUUAAGUCCUACAUAUCUGAAUUGAGUCCGACUAAGGUGACGUCUGAAUCAACCGUCGAACUUGUAUCAUUUGGGUCGUUCUAAAUAGGUAUUUAACCAGGGCUAAAAACGAAGCUCCCAAUGAUAAAUUUGUAAUUUAAAUCAAACAAUAAACUUGUAUUCCACAAAUCAGUUAACUGUAGAGCACAUUCAUGUGACUUUUGAGGGAUGGAAAGGCUAAGUGAUUUUAGAGAAAAAUAAUUUGCAAACAGUCCAAGAGUGAACCAAGUCUUACAUCGAGUUCACAGCCUAUAUGUACACCCAAAAAAUAGCGAUCAUCUUCGAUCACAUUUAAGAGCCAUAAUGGCUCGUGAUCGCGGUAGAUUAGGCCUGGAAAAAAAAUUCUUGGAAAACAAUUCAGGGCAAUUUUUUUUGCGUUCGACUAGUUUGCUUUAGAAAAUCUUGCUAACAAAUCUGGGGGCGUGUAAACCAACCUUUUAUACAUCACAUCUGAGGUAAAACUUACGGUACUAUGAGGCGCUGUUUUUAUCAUACAGACCUCAGACAGAAUGCAGUAUUUCACAAUUUUGCAAUACAAAUUUCACUCAUUCAAUAUUCAGGACGAUCGAAGCACGAGUGGGCUUUUAGCUUAAAAUCACCUAUUCUGCCGGCCGGUUGUGACCUGUGGAGUGUUUGAAUGAAUAUUAAUAGAGUUACGCUUCAACACAAUAAAGAAUUUAUGUCUCUUUUUUAUUUAGUGGUUUUAUAACGAUGUGUAAUCUUCAAAAGUGUUUAAUACGCGGCAUUUUGAGUACUCCUGCAAACGAUGUUCAUGAACGACUGAAAACAAACGGCACAGCGAUUAAAAUUGCAAGACAAUCAAAAAACAAAUAUAAUUCGGUGAAACGUAUACUCGAGACAACAAUUUUCAUUCACGAAGACAAGUAUUUAAGUGUCUCUAAAAAUCCUGAGUCUUCAAACUUAAAGCUUAAGUUUAUGUUUUAAGCCGGCUUCCCGGUGUUUGCUUUUUUUCAGAGAUGAACUCCAGGCAAGAAAAUCGCUCAAAGCUUUCUUUCACAGCCAGAACUAUUUGCGGUGAGAAAAUGUCUAAAGGCUUUUUAAAGUUCUGUAAGCUUAUAUCAAACCUGAUACUCGGUCAGAUCUGAUUGUCUAAAAUCUUACAAACGUGCAUAAACUACGCUCGACUUCGUUAAAUUAGACAUAAAAAACAAACAUCAAAUACAAUAAUAACUCAGGCUUACCAUUCAAGAUGCAGCUUCUGGAGGCUAUCAAGUAGGGUAAGAAUCGCUUCAGACUUUUCAACCCUCUUAUGCACCAAGCAAGGUGAAAAACGAAAACGAUGCCAUCCAAAAUCGGAUUUCCGACUUUGACAAGUGAAGUAUUUCUAAACCAAAAACCCAAUAAACAAACUAGCCAUGAAAAACAGAAGACUCUUGAUAACAGCUGAAUUUCCUUUUGUACAUCCAGUAGAAAAAGACAGGUAAAAACAUCAUAAGUUGACACAAAACUUUGUCAGCUUCAGCUGUCAAAGUAAACAAGUUUCAAGAUGCAGCAUAAAUUUUCCGCAUGAACUCACCUGUCAAACUUUGACCAAUCAGAGCAUAAAAAUUGGACGCGUGACCAUGGUGAGAAAAGUCAAAAGCAACUGUCUUCCCUGCCUGUAAUAGCUUACUGAAUUUUCGCGUCCGAGGUCAGCUUGAAUAAUUGUGCAGCACACAAGCACAACAUAUUUCAUGAAUUGAAAAAAAACCUUGAGCCCGCGAUCAUUUGAAAUCUAGUAACUUGUCAGCGGAAAACUUAAAAAGAUACUCGACCUCGACGGGAGAACACUUGAGCCCGCGAUACCGUAAGGUGAUACUAGUCAGCGGAUACUCUGCUUUGACAGCUGUUAGUUGAUCACAACAUUGAUGUGCAAUAUGUCUGCAAUAUCAAUUUUCCUGUGUUCCCAAACUAGCUAGAAAGUGUGAGAUUGAACAUUGGUUCCCCUGUGGUGCGGACGGAUUUUCGGUCGGGCGCACGGUCACGUGAUUACCAAAUUUGCUCGGAUGGGUAGAUUACAACGUUUCCUUAGCUAUGGGCUCCGUCCACGCGCGCGAAUCCGCUAUUAUUUUAAUGAAGUUCGGUACAUGAAAAGUUCGACGUUUCGUGAACUAAGCCUAAGGUCACAAUCUUUAAAAAGAAUUGAUGUAAUAAACUUUAACCGACCUCUUUUCCAUUUUUUGUGAUUACUUCUGGUUAAUACGUAGUCUAAAGAAAAUUUUAAUGAGUGGCUAUGUAUCUGAUACAAUAGACAGCUAAAAUUUUCAAGAUUUCUCAAUAAAUAGAUCUACAUUAGAAGCACAAACGUUUUUAAAGCCGUUACAAUAAACUCACUGUACUCAAAGUGCCGCGGUAGGACUCCACGUAAGACUGGCUCUUAAACCAGGAUGGCAGUUUUGUCCAGUCCUCUUUAUGAAAAAUCAAGUGAACUAAGCGAUCGUUAUCAUUUGUUUCAAACUAUCUUCUGCCUUUUUUCAAUGUCCUAUACAUGAUUAUCAGUUGUGCCAAGUUUGAAAAGAAUCUGGACAGUUUAUCCUUUUUUGGGGAAUUGCUUUAGUUUAUGUCAACCCAAAUUACUAUUUGGCUCGUCUCAUUAAAAGUUUAACUUUUGGCCUACAUGUACGUAGUCGAUCUGCUGUUUCGCUUAAUCUUGUGCAAAAUAUAAGUUUUGAAACUUGUAGAUUUCAUAAGAACUCUCUGUAGUCAAGUACAAAGAACGUAACAAAAUUAUUUACUUGUAGUAGAUGUUUCAGAAGAAAGCAUAAUAAAUUGUUGCACAAACAAUACCACUCUACUUUUCUUCCAGUCUCAAAGACAACUACGGCCGCGUAUUCUCGAUAAAACUUGGAAGCUACAAGUUCGUUAUGGCUUCAACUCCUGAUGCUGUUAAGGAGGUGCUCAUAAAGAAAUCCGCUGACUAUGCUGGGAGACAACAAACAUACUCGUUAAUGGAAGGAACACUUGGUAUGUAAUUGUAAACAUUUAGGCGAUCGUGAUGUCGCUCUAAUUUAAGUAAAAAAUUCAUAAAUAUUGAAAAGGCAUCUCAUAAGUUGCGUACAUUUCACGUCCAAGGACCUUUGUUACACAAUUUGUUCAAGACAAAACUCACUGGCGGGAUUUGAGUUCAGUCUCAGGUAGUAAAUAUGGGGUUGAAUCACAUCCAUCAUUCAUUAUAGUUUAAAUGUCUCGAUCACCUUUUUGUACUGAGGUUGGUUUUCACACCAAUACAAGACCAGAAAAACCGUCACUUGAAAUCAUUGCUAUUAAAAAAAGGUGUCAUAUUUUCCCCUUUUCUGAAUGUUUCAGGUGGUAAAGAUAUUAUUUUUGGUAACUAUGGUCCUGGCUGGAAGCUUCAUCGCAAGCUGUUUACCACAGCUCUUCGCCAGUACCUCUCGGACAUCCCCCUGAUAGAAAGCCGCGUUAAUACACAAGCCGAAAAGUUAGUUCUUUCCAUGGAGAAACAGCAAGGACAACCCUUUGAUCCUGCAGAUUGCUUGAUGCGUGCUGUUGCCGAUGUCAUUUGUGGCAUCACAUUUGGAGAAGGUUACGACACAACCAAUCCAGAUUUGAACAAGCUUUUGAAAUUAAACGUAGACUCAGUAGCGAAUGCUGAUCUUUCUCAGAUGGCAACGAUUUUAGAUUUUUUUCCCUUGGCACAGUACUUGCCAAUAAAAGUUUAUGAACGCUAUUUAGGCCCCUUCUUUGAAAUGUUUGAUAUAAUUCGCAAAUUUCUGAAUGAACGGAAAAGGAAUUUUGAUCCAGAGAAACCAGUAAAAGAUUUAAUUACAGGUCUCCUUCAUGCCAAACUUGAAGCUGAAAGUGAGAGCAAUGAGGAUAGAACCGCCCUCCUUACUAAUGACUACUUUAUCAACACGAUUGAAGAUAUGUUUGCUGCAGGCUAUGAAACCACAAGCACGACAAUGAAAUGGGUGCUAGCAUUCUUAGUUAACUACCCAAAGUACCAAGAAACCAUUCAACUGCAGUUAGAUGAAGAAGUUGGUGACCAUACUCCUUCUUUGGAAAACCGGACUCGUCUGCCUCUCCUCCAAGCGACCAUUAUAGAAGCCCUUCGAGUUGGAAACGUAGUUCCACUUGCAGUUCCUCAUGUCACGCUCACAGACACAACCCUCUGUGGAUACAAGGUUCCUAAAGAUACCAUCGUCUUUGUUGAUACGGAAUCCGUCCAUUUGAAUUCCAAAUGUUGGGAAGAUCCCACCGUUUUUAAUCCGUACCGCCAUAUUGACGAGGACGGGCAGUUGAUCACCAACCAAGGUAAUUUCUUCCCUUUUGGAGCUGGACGCCGGGUUUGUGCAGGGGAAUCUCUGGCGAAAGUUGAGCUUUUUUUGUUCUUGUCGUGGAUGCUUCAGAAGUUUACCUUUGUUGCCGAAGAAGAUGGUUGUCCCCCAAAGUUGGAGGGAAUUUUUAACCUCACCCAAUUUCCAGUUCCCUACAAGAUACGCGCGAUCAAAAGAAAGUGGACAUGA